UAUAACUACUGAUGAAUGUUAAAAUAGCAGGGAGAAAAUCUCUAAUGCUAAAUCUCUAAAACAUUUCCUAAAAAAUAGCAAACAAUCGCACUUUGUAUUCGAUUCUUUGAAUGAAAUCAUUUUCUUAUAUCUUAGAUAAUAAUCGGGUCGUAGUAACUGACGAUCGGCAAGUUUUCUCUCUUCUUCGGGUGUUUCCGCUGCAUGAGGUGCGUCGAUCAAGAGUGUUGCCGCCGCAUACCCCCAUGCAAGUCCGUAAGUGUAUAAUCGCGACGCGACAGCCAGUCGCAAACGCGUUCGCCAAAGUACGCCUUCUAAACUUGCUUACCUUCACCUAGACCUUUCGUUUCUGCCAGUGCAAGAGCAAGGUAAAAGCAUCGUAAGUGGGGAUUGCGAUAUAAAAGGUUUCAUCUGGUCAGUAAUAGCAUCAGAUAGACCACGCCACUUUGUCUUAUUCAAGCGUGUCUAACACGCGAGAUAGCAUCGGUAAACAGCAGAAAAUAUUCGACAUUAUAAAGCACGCAACAUGCGAGCCAUAAUAUUCUUUGGAUUAAUAGUGACUUUAUCAAUCGUAUCCUGUAAAGAUCAUCAUUCACACUACCGAGAAAACGCACCACCGCGAAGGUACAAGGAUCACAAAAACAAACGCGGAAUCGGGGACUAUCCAUUAGGUCUUCCUUUUGGAGGUCCAGCUUUUAACGGUUUUCAAUCUCCCAGCGCAGCUGCUAGCUCAUUUCCAGGUUAUGGCGGAUUUAAUGGCUAUACUGGUGGUAGUCCACUUGCAUACAGUUCAAGCCCGUUCGGCCUUCCGUCACAGCCAUCACCAAGCUUCUCAAGUUUAGGAUCUCAUGGCUUAGGAAACUUAGGCGCAUACAGUUUGGGUCAAUCUUUGAAUGUUGGCCAAGGAUCUGGCUAUGGCCUCCAAUCACCGAGCCAUAACUAUGGCCUUCAAGCAUCUAGCUCUGGUUAUAGCAUACCAUCGUCGAGCGUAAGCCUGGCCAGUUUUUUGAGCGGCCAAAAUAGUGGACAAAGCUCAUAUUCGUCGCCAAGUUUUGGUUUAUUUACACCCUCUGAUAAAACAGGACCAGUGACUUUCACAGCUCAAGCAACGAAUACAGGUCAAUCAUCCCAACAACAGUAUACACCUGUGUAUGCAACGGCAACUCAACUUGGAUCCAGCAACUAUGCUGUUCCUGUAGUUAUGACACCGAAUCAUGAAUCUGGAAAUUUUCAAGGAUAUAGUCUUCCAGCUUCUACACUGAAUAGUUUAAGGUCACAAGGUAUUUCAAUUAGUUCUCUCACAUCGGGUAAUGGAAUAUCAUACAAUUCUCCGUCCUCGUCAUCUGGAAGUUCAUCGCAUGCAGUAUCAGGAGGCUACGUAAUAGCGACUCCACAACAGAGUGGGUCAUCAUCUAGCUACAGUGUUUCAGUACCUGCAGCGUCAUCUUCCUCAUCGUCUCCUAGUUACGCAAUUUCUAUUCCAUCAUCGUCAUCCACCUACCAGUUACCAGUAAUGGCCUCAGCAUAUACAUCAUCCCCAUCGAGUUCAUCUUCUGGAAGUUAUGCAAAGUAUAUUCCUACUUCAUCCGAAGGCAGUUCAUAUACAAGUAAUUCUCAUGGUACUGCUUCAAAACUUGCGAGCUUUACAAGUCCAAGUACAUCUUCUUAUGAAGGCCCAUCAAGUUCAAGUAAUAGUUAUUCAAGUUCAGUAAGUUCGAACUAUGCUUCAGUUCCUAAUUACCCUAGCGGAAAUUCAGGAUCAGGUUUAUCACAUCCUGUGACCAGUUAUGGUACACCAACUACAUCAUACUCAAUCCCUUCGACGAGUUAUGGUACUCCAAAUAAUAACCCUUCUAUUUCUAGUUUAAAUUAUAAUUCUCAAAGUUCCAGUCACAUUAGCCCAAGUAUUAGCUAUGCUUCUGCAGCUGCUGCUAACAAUGGAGUAUCUGCAAGCAGUUAUAAUGCUCCAAGUUCAAAUUCUUAUCAAGCUGAUUCUUCUUACAAAGUUCCGAAUACCAACUAUGCAUCCCCUGCUGCGUCUUAUACAGGGACCAGUCCAAGUUAUGGAUCUCCAAGUAAUGGACACUCCAUUGAAUUUAAUUCCAAUUACAAAAGUCCCUCAACUAGUUCAACGGCCAGUUUAUCAAACUCAAUAGAAAGCUCAUCACAAGAACAAGCAGAAACCUAUGAUUCUCCAGUUGAUUCUGGAAGCUCUUACUCGAAUCACUCUCCACGCUAUCUCCGAUAUCCCAUGACCAGAACAUUGUCACCGUAUCUCGACAGCGAAGAAUCCACAAACGGCGGAUCAAAUUACGAUACGAUUUCAUAUUCUGUACCUAAUGGAAAGUAUUAAAUGGAAAUUAGACCACACGUUCGAAAAGCAACCGGUCUCUCUUGUUGUUCAUAUAAUCGUGAUUUAAGUCGCGGUCUAUUAAAGCCUUUACAGUCUUGACGAAUAGAGAAGAAUUUUUGUAUCAGAGCUUUUUGUCUAGCCAUAACGAAAAUGCUUGUGUAUGCCAAUUCUUUACAUAGUGUAUCUGCACAAAAAUAACUGCACGACGAUCGAAGGAUAAUUUUGUACUACGUGAUUUAGUUUUUAAUUUUACGUAUAUUUGCUUACUCAUGAUGUAUCUGGUAUACAAAAAUUAUUGAGGCUGAAAUCUUGUGCGUAUUGACGUGCCUUCACAUGAGUGUACUGACGUAUACAUUUUUAUUGUAUCCCGUUUAUUUAUAAACUGCGUUGUA